AUGGAUCAAAGAGAAGCAAUGGCUUUAUCCGGGUCGGGUUAUUAUUACAUCCAGAGAGGCAUGCCUGGUUCUGCUCCUCCACAAACUCAACCGUCGUUUUAUGGAUCGCAAGGGUUUCAACAAUUCUCCAAUCCCAGCUCUCCUUUCGGCACAACUGGAUUCGUGUAUCCUCCUUUACCAGUUGAGACUUCUCAGGUUGAUUCUUUAACGCCGGUUGCACUUCCUCCGUCUGGUGAGACGUUUGUUAAGCGGAAGAGAGGAAGACCAAGGAAAUAUGGACAAGACGGUUCUGUUUCCUUGGCAUUGUCUCCUUCAGUCUCGUCCUCCUCCAUGUCCCCGAACUCUAACAAACGUGGCCGUGGAAGACCUCCUGGUUCCGGCAAGAAGCAAAGGCUUAGUUCCAUUGGUGGAUUGAUGCCGUGGGGGACGAGCUUCACGCCGCACGUAAUCGUAGUUUCCGUUGGUGAAGACAUUGCUUCAAAGGUUAUGUCCUUUUCACAGCAAAGUCCAAGAGCCAUUUGUGUUUUAUCCGUUACUGGGGCAGUCUCUACUGCAACGAUUCUUCAGCCAUCGCCAUCACAGGGAGCUAUUAAAUACGAGGGUCGUUUUGAGCUCUUGUCUCUCUCAACUUCUUAUCCGAACGCAACUGACAAUGACUACCCAAACAGCACUGUGAAUCUAGCGGUCUCACUCGCUAGCCCCGAUUAUCGUGUCAUCGGUGGUGGAGUUGGAGGGCCUCUAAUAGCAGCAAGCUCAGUUCAGGUUAUUGUUGGGAGCUUCAUUUGGGCUAUUCCUAAAGGGAAGAUUAAAAAACGAGAUGAAGAUGUCCAAAAAACUGACGCUUUGGACGAUAACACAGCAGCAACGUCGCCUGAUGUUCCUCAGCAAAGCCAUAACCUUGUUCAGACGCCUGUAGGGAUGUGGUCAACAGGUUCAAGAUCAAUGGACAUGCAUCAUGCCCAUAUGGACAUCGAUCUAAUGCGUGGAUGAUCCAUUUGUGUGUAUAAGCAUUGAAUCUAGGAGAUUAAGAAGAAGGAAGACUUAAGCUAACUUCUCUGAGAACAAAAUGUCUUUAGUGAUUUUCAGAUUUCAUGCUGGGUUCUU